UUUGAUGCAUUUGACAAAAGAGCUGCACAGCCAGGAGAGCUCUCUACUACUUUCAGAGAAUCACAAUGCCCAGGAGAGUAAUGGAGAAGGAAACUCUUUAUCAUCAAAUGCAUCCUCAGCACUCGCAAACUCCAGUUUGGCAGAUGCAGCCACGGACAGCAGCUGUACCUCUGGUGCUGAACAGAAUGAUGGGCAGAAUGUUAGAAAGAAACGAAGAGCCACUGGAGAUGGAUCUUCUCCUGAACUGCCAAGUCUUGAGAGAAAAAAUAAAAGAAGGAAAAUUAAAGGAAAGAAAGAACGUUCUCAGGUUGACCAGCUGCUGAGUAUUUCUUUAAGAGAGGAAGAACUAAGUAAAUCAUUGCAGUGCAUGGAUAACAAUCUUCUGCAAGCUCGUGCAGCACUUCAGACAGCUUAUGUUGAAGUUCAGAGGCUACUUGUGCUUAAGCAGCAGAUAACUAUGGAGAUGAGUGCCCUGAGGACCCAUAGAAUACAGAUUCUACAGGGAUUGCAAGAAACAUAUGAACCUUCUGAACGUCCAGACCAGGUUCCCUCUAACCUUACACGAGAACAGAAGAAUGUUAGAUCUCAAACAUCUACUGAUGGCACACUUCUGCCUAGUCCUUUUUUCCCGAAUUUCCUGGAACCUCUAUCUUCCCACGUGUCUCCAUCAUCCACUGGAACCCCUCUCCAAGCAAUCACAUCUUCUUUCCAAGCUCAUGGCAGUGUUCCUGCUCCAGACUCAUCAGUUCAGAUUAAACAAGAACCCAUGUCUCCUGAACAAGAAGAGACUGUGAAUGCUGUAUCGCAAGGCUCUGCUUGCAGUCUGUCCAAGGAAUUACUGCAAGCUAAUAGACUUCCCUGGUGAUCCAAUGGCUAAGACUCCACACUCCCAAUACAGAGGGCCUCAGGAACUAGAUCCCACAUGCUACAAGUAAAGAUUCUGCAUCUGCAACUAAAAGAAUCCUACAUGCCGCAAUGAAGAUACAAGAUCCUGUGUGCCGCAACUAAGACC